AUUUUGUUUUUGUUUAUCCUAUUUUUAUAUCUUUCACUUUUCUUUUUUGGUCGGGAAAACUGCAAGUGCAUUGUCACCAUUGCUCACCGAGGAGACUGGACAGCAGCCUCCGGUAAGGCAAAAGGGGGAGGUGUGUGUGUGUUUGUCAACAGCACGUAGUGUGAUUGUUCAUAAACACUGUUCACCUGAUGUGGAGAUUUUGAUGCUUAAGUGCCAUCCCUAUUACCUUCCAAUGGAGUUUACAUCUGUGUUUCUGGCCGCUGUUUAAUUUCCUCCGUGACCCAACCCUGCAGCAGCACUCGGCAAGCUCCAUGAUGUCAUCACUGCACUAGAGACUGCCCACCCUGAUGGUGCUGCUGGUGACUUUAAUCAGUGUAAUCUACGGACUGUAUUUCCCAAAUACUGCCAGCACGUAGACAUCCCCACCCGUGAUAAGAGUACUUUGGAUCACAUAUACACCAACGUAAGGGGUGCAUACAGGGCCACACCCUGCCCCUACUUCGGACACUCGGACCACAUAUCUUUGUUUCUGUAUCCAGCCUACAGACAAAGACUCAAACAAUCACAUCCUGGGAUGUGUUUAAAACUGCAGACACUCUGGAGGAGUGUAUAGGAGUGUAUAGGAUUAUGCUCCUUGAUAUUAUCUUGUGUGGAUAAUAUCAUGCCCAAUAUACAAGUCAGGAAGUUUCCCAACCAGAAGUCCUGGAUAAACAGUCAAGUACGUCAUAUGCUGCGUGCUCGCUCCACUGCAUUUACAUCUGGCAAUGAGACUGAGUACAAAGCAGCGAAGUACAGCCUGAGAAAAACCAUCACAGCAGCCAUGAGGCAGUACAGAGAGAAGCUGGAUGGUUUCUAUUCCACUGCUGAAUCUGGGCACAUGUGGCAGGGCUUGCAGCACAUCAUGGACUACAGGAGGAGCUCCAGUAUCAUCAGUGUUGCAGACGUCCUGACAAGACGACAUCUUGUCAGCCCAGGUGAACAAAUCCCUGAGGAGAGCAUGUGCACACCAGCUGACAUUCUCACCUCCUUAUUUAACAUCUUCCUCAGCCAGAGAACUGUCUCCUCCUGCUUGAAGACCACUACCAUCAUCCCCCUCCCUAAGAACAACCCCCCUCCGCCUAAAUGACUAUAGGCCAGUAGCACACGCUCCAAUCAUAAUGAAGUGCUUUGAGACAGUGUUGCUGGCCCAUAUUCAGAGCAGCAUCCCGGACACACUGGACCCCCUGCAGUACACCUACCGACCCAACAGGUCCACUUCAGAUGCUGUUGCUGCAGCACUGCACAUCUCCCUCUCUCAACUGGAGAAUAAAGACGACUACAUCAGGAUACUCUUUGAGCAGCUUUAAGUAUCUGGGGGUGCACGUCAUCGAGGACCUCACCUGGCAAUUCAACACCACACAGCUUGUGAAGAAAGCUCAGCAGCAUCGCCGUGUGGUACGGCAGCUCUGCUGUCAUAGACCGCAAACGGAUGCAGAGAGUGGUGAAGACUGCAUCUAAGAUCACCAGGACUCCUCUGCCCUCUUUGCAGAGCAUCUACCAGAGUCUGCAGGAGAGCUGCCUCCAUCAUCAAGGAUCCCACCCACCCUCAACAAAGUCUGUUCACUCUCCUCCCCUUGGGCCAGAGGUACAGGAGUGUGAAGUGCAGGACCACCAGACUCCUCAACAGCUGACAGGAGUCUGUAACAAUGGACUAUACCCUUGCACAUACUGACAGCUCACAUUCAGUAACACAGUAAUUGCACCUUACCAUUCAAUAUUUGCACAUGUACCAUGCUGUUUACCUUGUGUCAGUUUUUGCACAAUUAUUCAUUCUGCUGAAUUUUGCACAACAGCCGAUGUAGCACACAUGCACAUUCUUGUACAUAUAUUACUUUUACCUUACUUAUUCAUAGUUUAUAUUUUAUAUUUACUUUAUAUUUUAUGUUUACUGUUCUUCUCAAAUUGCCUGUUUUGUUAAAUUAUUCUAUUCUUUUAGUAUUCCUUAACUUUUAAUGGCAUUCACAGUGGACAGCAAAGUAAGAAUUUCAUUGUACAGGGAAACCUGUUUCCUUACUGUGCAUAUGACAAUAAAAGCUUUGAAUCUUUGAAUCUUGAAUCUUUGAAUACCGAAGAAGACUAACGCCAGCUGCCCAAUGACUACCAGCCAAUGGCACUUACACUUAUCAUCAUGAAGUGCUUUGAGAAACUGGUCAGGAGUCAUAUUACAACAAGCCUAUUCACCUACAUUUGACCCUUGCCUGUCGGACCUUCUUCUUUCUUCUGUGUACUAAAUAUUUACAAAGCCCAUGUAUUAAUCACUAGUUAUUUGUACUAAAUAAAGCAAAAUUUGCUGUGCAAUUAAUAAUUUCACAUGGAAUGACAUCAGCUGUAUUGUAUAAUUUUGCUGUCGUCUUACAGAAAGACAUGCCGAAGAGACAAAUCCUCUGUCCAUUGUGCCUGGUGCCAUAUUCUGCUUUGCGCCAACACUGCCUCAAGUUCCACAAACUCGCCAAUAAAAAUGAAUUGAGGCUGAUCCUGAAUUAUGCCUCGGCUAUUCAUUCCGGUCGACUGGACUGUCCGGUUUGCAAAGGCAGAAACUUUGCACGACUGGACAAACAUCUUGAAAAUGUGCACCAUGAAAUUAAGAGGGAUCAGUACAAUGGGAUUGUUCGCCAAGCCAAACAGAAGGCCAAAUUAAAAGCCCUGAGGCGGCUGAGAACAUCCAAUCCCCAACCAGCUAUGGUCAGCACACUGGACCUGAAUCACUCCAGCCUCUCUAGCAGUGAGGAGGAAGAUGAGGAAAAGGGGAGAAGCGGGGAGGAAGACAGUUCAUCACAGCAGAAUGGUGAAACAGGAGAGGACGACCCAGGCCCCAGUACGUCUGUUGCCUCCUGUCAAAGCCAUUCACCUGUCACAAAGUGUAGGGAAUGUUCCACUCUCCGCCUCAAAGUCCGUCACUUGAAGAAAAAGCUGUUGGCAUAUUCUAAUGCUAACACAGCUCCACCAUCUCCUCCCAUUUCUGAGAUGCCUCCACCUCGGAAGAAGUAUGAGAGGGCACCAACGGCACUAGCCACGAGUAAAUUGCCCCGCUUUGAGAGGCUUUUGAACACCUGGUUUCAGCGCAUUACCGGUCCAGGCAAGAGACAGGCAGAAAAUGCCAGGCAGCGAGUGACCCACGUUCGCCAAUGGGCCAUAUUCAUGGCAGACUCAAAAGUCCCAGACUUGGUUAUGUCUUUUCUGAGCAACAGAAAGCGGUUUCUUGAAUGGGUAUCAAGCCUGAAGAGGCAUGUGGUCACUACGCAGCUUAUCAUCAUUGGCAAUGUUCGAGGCUUUCUGAAGUUUUUGUUAGAGGCACAACUUCCUGAGGUGAAAGCUCCCCGCAAACGUUUAGAGAGAGCCCUAUUCAUGCUGCAGACCCUGGCAAAAUCACCCCGGAAGGAUUUACAGACCCACAGACAAGCUGUGCGCAUCAGAAAGUCAAGUUUGCUUGUGAAGCCCACACACAUCAUUGUCUUUCUUCGAAAGGCACAGAAGGCGAUACCAGAAACUCUCUCAAGUCUGAUGCAAAAGCCAAAUAAGGACAAGCUCGACAGGUUCUAUGGUUUGCUAGGAGGGUUCAUUGUUUGCAUCACUGGCCACAGGACAGGUGUUGUUGCCAACAUGACAACUGAGGAGGUCAGCUCUGCAGAGUGUGAUGCCUCACAGCGGCGGAUAAUUGGGGUUAAACUGCACAAAACCCGGGACACAUUUGGUCAUGCGCAAGUUCCCCUGACCAAAACAGAAUACAUGUGGUUAAACAAAUUUAUCUACCGCUGCCACACUGGUGGAGACCUUCUAUUCUCCAACAGCAAUGGGGGGCCAUAUAAGGACAUAAUGGAAGCCUUUCAGCGCUGCUGGACAGACUUCGGCCUGCCAGGAACACCAACCUUCUCUCUCAUCCGGAGCAGCAUUAUCAUUUGUAUUGGGAGAUCCUUGAAGGAAAGCAAAAAAGUUAGUGUCGGCCGGAUGAUGUGCCACUCUAUUGCAGACAAGUUCUGUGAGGUAGACCUGAAUUUCAAUGAGGCUUUCCAGACACGCAAGGACAUUGUCUUUGCCCUUUUGCAAAACUGCAAGACAAAUUGGACUGGAGAACAGACUGGACAGACAGAACUGACUUUUGAAAUGGGUACGGAUGGUUCAGAAAGUACCGAAGAGGAGGACCUAGGACACAAGGACACUGGUACUGAGGAGGAUUUGGAAAGGAGAGGAACGGAGAGAGCAGGAAUGAGGGAGGAUAGUCAAGCUAAAAGAAAGAAGGUCCUAAGUGAGCAGCCAGUACAAAAGAGGAGAAUGGUAAAGGAGAGGGAAGCAUCAAAACAGAAGAGUCACAUUAUAAGAAAGAGGAUCCAAAGUAAGAAGCAAGUACCAAAGAAGAGGAGCAAGGAGGAAAGCUGCAAUUUAUCAAGCAAUUCAGAGGACCAAGGAUGGAAGGAGAAGAGGAGACGAAAUGAGAGUGCAGGAGUGAGGAAAGAGAGACUAGUUAGAAGAAAGCUGUCCCUAAGUAAGGUGCUAGAAGAAAAAAGAAGCAGUAAGGAGGAAAGCUGCAAUUCAAGCCAUUCAGAGGACCAAGGAUGGAAGGACGAGAGAAGACAGGGGAGGGCAAGAGUGAGGCAGGAUAAUAAAGCCACAAGAAACACGGUCUUAAGCAAACAAAAGAGGAGAAGCAAGGGGGAAAGCUGCAAGUCAUCAAGCACUGCAGAAGAAACCAGCAGUUCAGGGUGCAGUGAGUUCAUGCUGAUGAAGACAAGACGGUCCUCACCAAAGAAGAGAAGACAGGUUGUUGUAAGUGAGGAGGACAGUCCCUUAAAUGCACCAGUGACUGUGGAUAAACAGUUUGAGGACAGUUCAUCAGACUGUAGUGACUCGUCAAUAGAUGAGUCAGGGUCAGGCAUUACACAGAAACACACUGACAGAUCAGACAAUGAAGGCGUUGGCACUCAAGGCUGUGGAAGCCCUCAAGAGGAAGGUGACAGGGGACAAAGCAGUGAGGAGGGAAGCAGCGCUUCAAAUUGCACAGGACCAACAAACGCAUUCCUUGGAAUGACAAAGUGA